UGUUGCAUCCAUUUGCUGUUACUUGAGUAUGAGGUAAGCUCUCUGUUGGUGUGUGAUCGACUCAUUCGGACCUCCAACCUUCUGACAGAAACCUGGAAACUGUGCUGGAAAUCGCGCUUUGCCACCAUCACAAAACGAUUGACCAUUUGAAGCCAGCAGGUUCUAAAACUUGAAAGUCGGACCUCCGGUUCUUGAACUGGGAAAUCACAAUAACGUGCAGCAGUCUAAUUGCAAACCCACCCCUUGAUGUAUAAAUGUGUAAGUAUACGUUUUUAUGAAGUGCCGCAAAUCUCUACAGUCCUGUGGAAAACAGCACACAGGUACCAAUCAUCACCAGAUAAUGUCACAACGACUGACCCAGAAAUUGUGCCGUCUGCAUGUACAAUAAGUCACUUUGUUUAGAGUAAGUGAAGCUAAAACCUGGAAAUUCCCUCUGGGCGGCGCAGGGUCUACAAAGCAAAAGUGAAACCAACACAAAAGUUUUAAAAGGAUAAGAAUGACUUCUCGCAGCAGGAGGAAGCGUCGGCAACUCAGUUGGAAAUAAACGUACAACUCUGGUAAUCAGGGUUUGCAGCAUGUGGACGUCAGAGCAGUUCUGUCAUUACAUGCAAAUGCUUCGUUAGAUGAAGUAAACAGCCAGAGGCCCCCUGGGGGUUGGUGCCAAUGUAAAGACAGCAACGUUGAAGCAGCGACCAAGUUAAAAAGACAAAUAUGAUCACAGGGUGACACAUCAGCUGCUUGAUUUGUCGUUUUUGUACCAGCCAGACUUGAGCAAAGAAAUGGAUCCCAGAGUGAUUCACCGAGUUGUAACUUCCUUCCUUGCUCCCCGUUUAUUCUCUCCAAAUGAAAAUGAAAAGAGUCUCGUCAAGCUGCUGCAAGGACUGGUCAGGAGUAUUAAAUGGAGACCUGAAGACGUCAGUGAAUUGUUUGAAGCCCUUCUGCAGAGAUUUGAGACGGUGUGUAGAAAUGACAGAUCGCAUCUCCUCACAUGGUUGCUCCAAAUGUUGCACUGGAUUCAAGUUAACUACAUCACACCCACCUGGAGAUCUAAUUCAGGAAGAAGCCUUCUGGAGUUGGUCAGAGACACGGCAGUGACCAAUGAAGCGCUCAAGGCCUGUUUGGGAGAUGAUGAAGACAAAACCUUGGAUGAGAUCAUUAAAGAAAUCCGAGAUGGAGAGUUUAACCAAGUUAAUAAUGAGUUGUUGGCCGAGGUCAGAGAUAUUGUGUCAUCAGUUCAAGCUGCCCUGAGGUCCCGCAGUUCAGGAUCAGAGCUGACUGGCCUGAGAAAAGUCUUGCUGACUCUUUGCCAGGCAGCAGAAAAAACUCACUUCAGACCACGGCUGACCCAGAUGGUGAGCUGGUGUCUCAUGGCUCCAGCCAAAACGGGGCGUCUCAUUCAGGUUGGCACUGGAGAGGGGAAGUCCUGCAUUGUGGCCAUGUUUGCAGCCUAUCGAGCUCUGAGAGGAGAGAAAGUGGACAUCAUGUCGAGUUCAUCUGUUCUAGCAGAGAGAGACAUGAGAGACUGGAAGAAAUUCUAUGAUGCUUUAAAGAUCAGCGUGGACUGCAACAUCAACAAGCAAGACGAAGACUCAAAAAAGUGCUAUGAGAGCCAGAUUGUUUAUGGUACCGCAGAGCAGUUCACUAGAGACUGGCUGAAACACCAUGUUCUUAGGAAGGACAUAUUUGGCCAGAGGACAUUCCAGUGUGCAAUUGUGGAUGAGGUGGAUUCCUUGAUGUUGGACAAAGGUCAUGAUGUUCUCUACCUGAGCAGUGACAUGCCUGCUCUUCAGCAUCUCAACCCUCUCCUGGCAUUAAUAUGGGCCACUGCUAACCAGUACAGCAAGGUAGGGUCAGGUCACAUUGUUGGGCGAAAAUAUCCCUUUCAUUAAGUUGUAUUAGAACAGAUCAAGCAGGAAGGAUUGGAUGAGUUGACUGUUCUUCAAAUAGCCGAGGAGACAGGAGUACUGGCCAAUGGCAUAGUUACAGAAAUACAGAGGAAACCAAGUCUUUUAGAUGAGAAAAUUGCAACAACUGCAAAUGUUGCAGCCAAUAAGCUGGUUGAGUUCUUUAGGGCAGUGGAGACCAGAUUCCCAUCAUGUCAGUUUGUUCUACACAACCUCAAUACAGAUGGAUCCGUAAAAGAUCUGAACAGGUCGUCAGGAGGAAGAGGUCAGAGACGAGUGUCUCUGCUUUUGAAUGGUGGCUUCUGUCAAUACAUGUAUCCUGAUACAGACAGUGUAGUGAGAGCUACAGAAAAGGAAGUAAGGUGUUUUCUGCAUUUCACACCACGUGAACUGAACAAGUCUGAAGGAAGCUGCUACAUCCCAGGUUUCCUUUCAGAUCUUGUAGAAUCUAAACUAAAGAUCUGGAUUGAAAAUGCAUUCCGUGCACAAACCAUGGAAAGAGAUCAAGAAUAUAUCUUUGAAGGUGAUGUAAUUGUACCUGUGGACUACAGCUGCACAGAUGUGAUUGGAAACAGCUUGAAAUGGUGUGAUGGUCUACAGCAGUUCCUUGAGAUGAAACAUCAGACGAAGUUGAGUGAUAUGACCAUCAUCACCAACUACAUGUCCAACGUUGGUUUGCUUCAAAAGUACAAAAGUCAGAUUUAUGGACUGUCUGGGACUCUUGGAGAACAAGCAGCGAUUGAGAGCAUGAGGAAAACAUUUCAGGGCAUCAAGACUUGCCAAAUCCCUUCAUACAAGCGCAGGAAGCUGUUUGAGGUUCAGGGAGUUAUCAUGAAGGAUGAAAGAAGAUGGAUCGAGAAAAUCUGUGAAGUUGUGCUUGAUCAAAUCAAGCCUACACCAUACAGGUCUCCAAGAGCUGUGCUAGUGACUUGUGAGUCCAUCAAGCUAGCAAAGUUACUGUACCAAAUUUUUAGUGGUAGAGUCUCAAGCACAAUGCUUUACAUCAAAAACGACAAGGACAACAGUGUUGUCUUUAAAAAGAAGUUGGGUGCAGGAGACGUCAUCAUAGCAACAAAUCUGGCUGCUCGUGGAACGGACCUUCAGGUUUCUGACUCUGUAAAGUCAGCUGGGGGUUUGUUCGUUGUGCAAACUUUUCUGCCUGAUAAUUCCCGUGUGGAGGCUCAGGGCAUUGGACAUACAGCUAGACAAGGAUCACCAGGGUCUGCUCAGAUGGUUGUCUGCUUCACUCAUCUGUCAGAGCCUCUGCAAUUGCUAAUUCUAACACGUAACCUUUUGUCCUUCAUGGAAAAUAUUGCAGAUGCAUCUGCAUCUUUUCUGCAGUUGUUUCUUAUGCACUUGCGGCAAUAUCAGAGGAGCAACACCAGGGGAGAAAGUCAAGAAAUGUCCUCGCUGCUGCAUCGUAUUUUGAAUGAAAACACCAACUCUGAUUUGAUGAUGGUUAAAGAGAUCAGAGAUGCAUUAAUGGCUGAACAACUGUCUAGCUAUGUGGAGUCUGAUCUACCAAACAUAAAAAAGAAAGAAGAGCUCUUCAGUCAGUACCUGGAAACACUGGAUCUGCUCCACAAGAGCAACAACAACAAACCGACUGAAUCAGAUGUUUCCGCACUCAAUGAGUUUUGGGGAAUGUGGCUCCUUACAAAGUUUUCUGAGGAAGACUCUGCUGUUAGAUUGAAAACCAUCCUGAGUGCAGACCUGAGCACAGCCUUACAAAAACUAAGGCAGAGAGAGUCUCCCUCAUCCAACGUCCACUACUACACUGCCAAAGGUAGUGAGCUCGAAAAAAUGGGAAGGCUUUCAGAGAGUAUUGACAUGUAUACUAAAGUCAUAAACCAGGACCCCUGUUGGGCAGCAGUUGCAUUUUACAAUCGUGCUUCUGCGUCUUUAACCCAACACAACAGGAGCCAGGACCCUGAGUGUCUCAGUCAGGCUCUGGAAGAUUUGCAAAAAGCUCUCAUGUCUGUGAAGCUCCACACUGACCAGCUGGAUGUCACUUACAGAUACGUCACACAGCAAACCACAAACCCCGCUGGCAACUUGACAACCAGAUUUGACAAACACAUCAUGGCCAGACACACAGUUCUGGUGUCCUUCAAAACAAAUAUUUACGAAGCAAUGCAGAAGAUAGACCGGGCCAGCAACACGAGCGGGUCUGUUAGAGUGAAGAAGACCCCUGUCUACUUCCUGGUUUCUCUGGAGCAUCUUCUUCCCAUGCCAGUAAUCUUGUUGGAAUCAGCCAGGGCGAUUUAUUCCAGAAACCCUCUGUUGAGGCAUCAACUCGCCAAUCACCCCUCCUUAGAUAUUUUCAAUGAAGUCAUGAGUCUUGAAUCUAUGGGCCUUACUCACGUCUACGUCUUAGAGAUACCGUCUUCUUUGGCUACCUUCUUUUCAAAGAUAGCUCGGGCCUUUCACUGAUUAGGUUGACUUUGUGAGAGUGAAGAAACUGAACACAGUAUAUUUGUGACAAGAUACAAUAUCCACAUAUUAGUUUAAAUUAUGCACAAAAAAAGGUUUAGGGUUGUUGACAAGUGAUUAAAAAAGGGCCUAAGGAGAUGGAGAUGCAUUUUUUCAUGCCUUUGUGUUGUUUCCAUGAGCAGGGUCAACGACUUUUGGUAAGGGGUGGAAAUAUUCUGCCCAUAACAACAAUUGUCCAGCAUUGAAAAAUAGAUGUUUUUCUGACUACUUGUUUGGAUUCUAUGAAAACAGAUGGAAACUUAUUAACUUUGCAUAUUAUGACUGGUUUUUUUUCAUAAUGAAUUGCUGUAAAGGAGUUUACAUAGUUACAGAGGAAUCCUUCUCUAACUUUUGUUUUAGAAAAAAAUGAUACAUUUUUCUUCUACAUCUCACUGCCUACAGAUACACGGUUAUGUUUGCAGUUUUACAUUUCUGAAAAAAGUUUAACAUUUUCCAUUUUUAUAAUUUUUUUUAGCCCAGUUUCGACAUGAAACGUAACAAUCACACUGACUUGAUAUUUUAAUGUGAAACUUUAUUAUAUGUGACAAAGACACAAAGACUCAUGACAAAGUGUCUUGUAUGUGUUUCGUCGUAACUGUGGAUAAAAUCUUGGAUUUCCUGCCAAGAAUAUUGGCAUAUAUCUAUCUAUCUAUCUAUCCAUCUAUCCAUCUAUCUAUAUACAUAGAUCUCUCUCUCUCUUUCUCUCUCUCUCUCUCUCUCUCUCUAUAUAUAUAUAUAUAA